AUGCGUGAAGUAAUUUCAGUUCAUAUUGGUCAAGCUGGUGUUCAAAUUGGUAAUGCUUGCUGGGAGCUUUACUGUUUGGAACAUGGCAUUCAACCUGAUGGAACAAUGCCAAGUGAAAAGACAUCAGGAACUGCUGAUGAUUCAUUCACUACCUUUUUUAGUGAAACUAGUCAAGGUCGUUAUGUUCCUAGAGCCAUUAUGGUUGAUCUUGAGCCAUCUGUUGUUGAUGAGAUUCGUUCAGGAACCUACAAAAAACUUUUCCAUCCAGAUCAAAUGAUUACUGGAAAGGAAGAUGCUGCUAAUAACUAUGCAAGAGGACACUAUACAGUAGGAAAAGAAAUUAUUGAUCAAACAAUGGACCGUAUCAAGAGGGUUGCUGAUAACUGUUCAGGUCUUCAAGGAUUUUUAGUCUUCCAUUCUUUUGGUGGAGGUACUGGAUCUGGAUUUACUUCUCUUCUCAUGGAAAGACUCUCUGUUGAUUUUGGAAAGAAAGCUAAAUUAGAAUUUUCUGUUUAUCCAGCUCCACAAGUUUCAACUGCUGUUGUCGAACCAUACAAUUCAAUCCUUACUACUCAUACAACUCUUGAACAUUCUGAUUGUUCUUUCAUGGUUGAUAAUGAAGCAAUUUACGAUAUUUGUCGUAGAAAUUUGGGAAUUGUCCGUCCAUCAUAUUCUAAUCUUAACCGUUUGAUCUCUCAAAUUGUUUCUUCUAUUACCGCUUCGCUUCGUUUUGAAGGAGCUCUUAAUGUUGACUUAAAUGAAUUCCAAACUAAUUUGGUUCCAUACCCAAGGAUUCAUUUCCCAUUAGCUACAUUUGCUCCUAUAUUGUCUGCUGAUAAAGCUUACCAUGAGUCUCUUAGCGUUAUGGAAAUUACAAAUCAAGCAUUCCAACCAGAAAAUCAAAUGAUCAAAUGUUCCACUCAAGCUGGAAAAUACAUGGCUGUAUGUCUUCUUUAUCGUGGAGAUGUCAUCCCUAAAGAUGUCAAUGCUUCUAUUUCUCAUUUGAAGACCAAGAGAUCAGUUCAAUUCGUCGAUUGGUGCCCAACUGGAUUUAAAGUUGGUAUUAACUACCAACCACUUACAAUCCCUCCAGGUUCUGAUUUGGCUAAGGUUCCAAGAUCUGUUUGCAUGCUUUCAAAUACAACAGCUAUUGUUGAGGCUUGGGCUCGUCUUAAUAAUAAGUUUGAUCUUAUGUACAGCAAGAGAGCUUUCGUUCAUUGGUAUGUUGGAGAAGGAAUGGAAGAAGGUGAAUUUUCUGAAGCUCGUGAAGAUUUAGCUGCUUUAGAAAAGGAUUAUGAAGAAGUGGGAUGUGAUUCCAAUGAAGGAGGUGAUGAUGAAGAAUAUUGA